AAUGUACAACAACCAAUCAGAAGAAAGAAUCUAACCAACCAAUCGCGAAACAACAGACUAGUGAUCUGCAAGUCUAUAUUCACAUAUUAAUAAACCGAUUUAUGUCAUAACGAUUGAAGAAUAAAGACAGAGGUAUGAGUGUCAGGAAUAUUUUGAUAAUUAAAAUAUAAUUCGUCGAGUAAAAAGGACAGUACAAAUAUCUACUGAAUGACGACAUGAAUUAUACUAGUGACAAUUAUGAAAAAUAUCAUUUAUUACAUAAUCUUAUCGGUAGUAAUAUUUCAUUUCAUUCUUCUUUUAUAUCAAUAACAACACCAUCAACAUCGUCAAGAUCAUUAUAUACUACCAAUUCUUCAUCUACAGUAUCCACAUCAAAUGGAUGUCCAAUAAUACCUAGUUUAAAGCAAUUUGAGAUUUUCUAUUCAACAAUACACGCUUAUUUAGCUUGUACAGUGUGCUUAUUUGGCACAGGAACAAAUCUUUUAAAUUCCAUUAUAUUAACACAAGAACAAAUGCGUAAUCCAACAAAUGCUUUAUUAACUGGUGUAGCAAUUGUAGACAGUUUUACAAUGUUAGCAUACAGUCUACAAGUUAUCUAUUUACAUUUUCUUACAUCACCAUAUCCAGACAAAUAUCCUCAUAGUCAAUUAGCUGUUUACUUAAUAUUAAUAAAUCAUGCAAUCAGUAUAGGCAGUCAUACAAUAUCAACAUGUUUAUUAGUUCAAUUGGCAGCAUUUCGUUGUUGGGUAUUAUAUUCAAGAAAAUUAAAAUAUCUGUUAAGUUUACAUCAUCAUUUGGCAUGGAUUAUGAUUAGUUCACAUAGACGGUUUAUUAUUUAUUGUUAUAUUAGUGCAGGAAUUAUAGGAUGUUUGUUAUGUAUGCCAACAUUUAUUUUAUAUCAAUGUGAAUUAAUUGAUGUGGUGAAUUCAUCAAUAACAUUGGAGACAAAGGAAUAUGACAAACGAUUAGAUAAUACCAAUAACAAUUUUAAUGAUGAUGAUAAUAAUAGCAAUAUUAAAAUAAUAAACGUCGAAGCAAACAUUACCAUUAAUAAUAAUAGUACCAUUACUAAUCAGUAUUUCUAUUGGUUCAAGCUAUAUCCUAAUAGUCAAUUAUUGGAACGUGUUCAUUUUAUUUUAUAUGGAUGUUUUGUAAAACUUUUAGCAUCGAUACUUAUUGUUAUAUUCACUGUAUUAAUAUUAAUGGUAUUACAUGAUGCAAGGCAACGAUAUCGGAAAUUGCAGACAUUACCAAUUGAAAUAAAAUUGGAUAAUAGUAAUAUAGGAAAUACUAGUAAUAAUGUCAUAUUUACAAGAAAAAUAUCAGCUAAUUUGUUACGUCCAAUCACAUAUAACAAUCCUUCGAAUAGUAUUGUAAUGACAAGAAACUCGGAUCUUAACAAUAGUGAUUAUAUCAAUGAUUUAAGAAUAAAAAGUCAUCAGCAUCGAAUAAAUACUAAUACUACUAAUAAUAAUAUUGAUCUGUUGUCAACAGUACCAACAACCACUAGAAAUCCAUUAUUCUUACAAAUAUCUUCUUUAACUCCAAGUAAUGAAUUAAGAAACGACUUGAAUAAUAGUAAUAGUAGAAAAAAUAAUAAUCCAAUGACAAAACCUAAUCGUCGUCAUUCAAGUCGUCUUCUUCAAAAAUCCCGUGAAAGUCAACAUGUUACAAUUAUGCUUAUUAUAGUUGUAAUAAGUUUUGUUAUAACUGAAGCACCACAAGGUGUAUUCAAUACGCUUGUUGCAAUUAAAGGUGAAUGUUUUCUACAUACAAUUUAUUUACCAUUAGGUGAUUUAUUAGAUUUAUUAGUUUUAUUAAAUUCUUCAAUUAAUUUUAUUCUCUAUUGUGCAAUGUCACAAGUGUUUCGUGUAAAGUUUGUUAAUUUAUUAAAGAAAUUAUUACUGUUCACAUUGUGA